CAGCACAACUGUCCACCUUAAAAUCCCAUUACACAGUAUGUACCAUUCACAUUUCAGAUCCCAACAAGGAUUACAUAGACCCCUAAACAGUAAAAAAACGAGACCAGUGAGAUUUCCUCUUUUUCUUUUAUGUUCCUCGGCUUCAUCACUCAACUCCAUCUCCAUCACUUAAAAAAUCCAUAAUUCCAUUUGCAGUCAUCAUUAAAAUGGAAAGAAAAGUCCUUUCUAUCUAUCUUUCUGCUUCUGAGGUCCCAGUUGUUUAUUGGUAUGAAGAACUGGAAAGUCGUGAAACCCUCGUGGAGGCUCUCAAUCUCUUCUCAAAUGGGAUUUGUGGGGCGACCCCUUUCUUUUCCCCACUUCUCCCAUCAUCCUUUUACUUUCUUUCACUUCUUCUUUUUGAUAUCUGAAUCAUUACCUCUCUCUCUCUCUCUCUCUCUCUCUCUCUCUCUCUCUCUCUCUCUCUCUCUCUCUUUCUCUCUCUGCAAUUCACUUCGCAUUGCAGAAGGAGUGUGGAUCAGAAAUUGGUAAUCAGAAUUCGGUGAGAGUAAUAUGGUGAAGGAGACUGAGUAUUAUGACGUUCUUGGAGUUUCUUCUUCUGUUUCAGAAGAAGAGAUUCGUAAAGCUUAUUAUCUCAAAGCAAGGCAAGUUCAUCCUGAUAAAAAUCCAAAUGAUCCUCAAGCUGCUGAAAGAUUCCAGGUACUUGGAGAAGCUUAUCAGGUUUUGAGUGAUCCAGCGCAGAGAGAGACUUAUGAUCGGAAUGGAAAGUAUUGUAUAUCUAGGGAAACAAUGCUAGAUCCUAUGGCUGUCUUUGCCCUUCUUUUUGGAAGUGAACUGUUUGAGGAUUACAUUGGACAUGUUGCUGUCGCUUCAAUGGCAUCCUCUGACCUAGCUGGUGAAAACGAUACUGCUGAAAAAAUUCAAGACAGAAUGAAGGUUGUCCAAAGAGAAAGAGAAGAGAAACUCGCUAGGCUACUGAGAGAUUUUCUUGAUCAAUAUGUACAUGGUGACAAAAAGGGGUUCUUCCAGCAUGUUGAAGCUGAAGAGAAACGACUUUCUGAUACAGCUGUGGGGAUUGAUAUUCUACAUACCAUUGGCUACAUAUAUGAGAGACAAGCGGCACAAGAGCUUGGAAAAAAAGCCAUUUAUUUAGGAGUGCCGUUUGUGGCUGAGUGGGUGCGCAAUAAAGGACACUUCUGGAAAUCACAAAUCACAGCAGCAAAAGGUGCUUUUCAGUUGCUACAAUUGCAAGAUGAUAUGCGUCGACAAUUUAAGAUGGAUGGAACUGGCCCCACAAACCAUCUAGAGUCCCAUAUAUUGUCUAACAAGGACACACUGAUGAAUUCAUUAUGGAAGCUAAAUGUGGUAGACAUUGAAGUAACACUUUUACAUGUUUGUCAAAUGGUGUUAAGGGAAAACAACAUCAAAAAAGAGGAGCUUAGAACUCGUGCAGUAGCUCUGAAAAUCCUAGGGAAAAUAUUUCAGAGAGGAAAGAAUAUACGAAAUGGUGGAUCAUCAAAGGCGAAAGAUGUUUCCAGUGUUUAUGAAGAUGAUAGCAGUUCUGAUAGCAGUUCCGAAGAGGAUUCACCGCGAUCAAUUCCAUAUAGAACUCCUAUGCUCACUCAGGGUAUUGGCAGACUCUUCAGAUGCCUUUGUAAUCCGGCGUAUGAUGUGGAUGAUGACGAGAUUGUCUAUAAAAGCAAAUAGUUCUGUGAGAUGCAUUUUCCAGUAGAAGUCAUUGGAGCCGCUAGUUAUCAAAAUUCACAACGAAGGCACGUGAUUAAUUUCAGAUUUGGAAAUGCAAACUGGGGUAUCGCGGUGCUGCCUAUGAGGAUCCAAAAUUAGUUUUUCUUUCUUUUUUUUCUUUCUUGUUGGAACGUGCAUUUGCUUCAUUUGGUGUCGAAGAGACCAUUUUAUCUCUUAUGCUGGAAUACAGAACUAAAAGGUGGUGGUUGUAACCUACAUGUAACAUGGUCUUGCAAAUGUAAUAUAAAAGGAAUCAUCCUCAGACACAGAGGCGGAGCCAACGUGUAACAAGGGGGCGGAGCCAACGUGUAACAAGGGUGCGCAAGUGCGACCCCUUGAUUUUCAAAA